AGUAUAAAAACUAGGUGGAAUCCACAGAGGAGGUACGAGUCGCCUUUUCACCUUGGAGCCCUCGCUGGUAUCAGAGUCACGUCCGACAACAGAGAUGAAGUGCUCCUGUCUCCUGUCCUGGACUUUUCUGCUGGCGGCAUCUGGUCAACUGCUGGCCCAUCCAAUCACAGAAUCUGCAGAGAUGACCUAUCCGGGACCCGCAUCAGUAGAAGAGCGGGCCUUAGGAACGCUGGAUGAUCUCUCUCUUUCCGAGCGAAUAUUUCCAUCUCAGGACGGAGCCGAUCUCAAAUAUUCCACUUUAAUAUCUGGAGAGAUCAACAGAGAUGGUGUCAGAACCACAGGACUGUUUCCUCGGGGGAUGAAAAGAGAGGUUCUGCUGGAGAAGCAAAGUCUCCUGAACCCAUUCGCCUUCGGCAUCAGGAAGCAGCUGAGGAAGAGGACGGGGAACUCCGAGUGUUUCUGGAAGUACUGCGUCUAAAACUCAAACAGCUGUUAAUGCCAGACACAAGAGGCAGGGGUCGCACUAGAACAACAGCCCGGUCAAACAUUUACUCACACACACUGGCGUAGAUAAGCAGGUAUGAUUGACACACAUUUCAUGGAAAUUAAGAGGAUUUAUUAAGAAUCCUUUUUUUUUGCUGUGUGAAACUCUACACACACACGUCUUUCAGUUCCUUCUUUGUGUAAUGUUUGACAAAACGACUUAAAAAUGUAAGUGUCAAAGGUUACACAGUGUUGAAUGUCGAACAAAAAAAAAAUAAAACAUGGAUUAUAAAAAUUGGAUUUGACUUUUCUUGUAACGAACCGGUUGCUAAAAACAGCAGCACGUUAGUCUCUAAAAAGUAAAAGAGGAAACAAAAAGACAUUCCAAACAUGGUCAUCGAGUUUUCUUCAUUUUUUUGUUUUUUUUUUUAUUAUUUUACAGCAGAAAGAAUAUAAAGCAUUCAGAAAACACUUCCAUAUUUUAAGGGCAAUUCAAAACAUUUUGCAUGGCUUCAGCAGCUGAAAUCUUUUUUUUUUUUGUUAUUUUGUUUUGUUUUUUUACAUUUCCAUCAAGUCAGUGACGCUUGUACAUGCACAAUUACAAAAAUAAAACUUACAAACAAGAAAGGGGUAAUAAAAAGGAGGAAAGCAAAACACAUUAGGGAGAACCGAGAGGAGAUGAACAUUUGGAGGGUGUGGGUGUGGGGGGGCGGGGUUAGGGAGUGGAGAAAAAUUGGGUCACAUAACAGGGAAAGACAGAGAGAAAGACAGCUAAAGAGGAGAGGAAAAAUAGAUCUAACACUAGUUCACAUGCAAAGUGUUGAGGACCCGUGACUUUCUACUAAAGCAGGGUUUGUUUGUUUUUUUUCUUCUUCUUGGUUUGGAUUUGAUGAAAACGUGCAGUUCGGUAAAGGGUGCCGUAUAAUUGCUGUCCAUAAACUACUGAAUGCUUGUCUUGCAAUACUGGCAUUUGCAUAAGAAUAAGUCGACUACAUGUGUCCAAUCGUUUUUAAACUUCACUAAGUCUAUAGGUCUCCACAAAAAAAAAAUUCGUUAUUGCUCUGUGUCCACGAGUGGAAUACAUUGUAAAACCAUUUCUGUUCUGUUGCCCUAAUGCCGCCUGCCUCUCUCUGGUUUGGGUGCUUGGGGGUGGCAGCGGGGGUGGUGUGGGGUGGGGGGGUAUUGGAGGGGAGGAGGAAAGGUAGACUCCCAGACCAUUUCACAGAACACCUUGAGACUGGUAAUACUGUAUGCAAUUGCAAAGAGCCUUUGAGCUAACCUGUCAUCCCAUUCAAAAAUGGCAGUAAAACAAGAUUUACAGGUGAACUUUUUUUUUUGUACAAUUAUGCUCUUAAUCUUAAAUAUCCUCUACACUUUGUCACUUAGUUAGAUUGCAGGCCUGAAGAAGGGGCCAGAUUUAUGCUAGGAUUUGACAGGCUUCCACGAAAGGAUGUCAAAUCAUUUAUCCUAAUGAGCUGUAUAUAACUGAACUUUGUUUUUUUUUUUCUUUCUCUCUCUCUCUGUGCUCCAGCAGAGUCUAUAAUGUUAAACCACAUGGAGGACAUUGAUUAGAUUUCAUAUUCAAUCACCUUAAAGACUUCUGCAUCACAGCGGUGAAUCUGUCUGCCCUAGAUUCUUCACCUGAAAGCAUCGCUGAAUGAUUUUUUUCCCCCUUUUCCACUCUCGGCCUAUUCUUCUGUGAAUUGCUCGUCAUGCUCUGUUUCCUUCACCACAUUUUGGCACCCUGAGUGAAAUACAUAAAGAGGUGAUCAAGUCCCUCAGCCCCAGAGAAGAGCAACACUGCUGAGUGUCCUCGUAAAAGCCGACGCCUUUCACCAAUCUGCAUGUGUGCUGUGUUUUCUUGUGCAUCUGUGUGUGUGUGUGUAUGACAUACGUCACCUAGUGCAUACUUGUUAGAGAUACCUUGUACCGUAUGUUAACGUACGUUCAUCAGUCUGAAACUUUUUUUUUUUCCAUUUGUUCCUGUUCCAGGUUGGGACCCGCUCGUCAAUUCUAAAGUAAACGAGGAAACUAAAGGAAACGCCUUAAAACAGUCCUGUCCCCAUGCACUGAGUACCGACCUCUGGCCUGUGCCCUCCGGUCACGCGCCCUCUCUCCGUCCUGACUUCUGUGACACGUCUACCGAGCGUUCAUUGUUUUAGAGUUUUAAUGAGUCUAUCUGACUACCGUUUCUAGGAAAAGAAGCAUGCUUUAGGUGCAGUUCUGUCACCCUGUUAACUAUUUUACCCAUGCAAGCAUAAUAAAUCCGUCUCCGUUUUUGCCAGGACAUUGCAUUAGCUGUGCAUUCUAACCACAGAGUUUGAGGACGAAUGCAAGGCAACAAAUCCCAGUAGUGGCGUUAUUAAAGUGAACUUUAACAAGCUGUCCCAGUACAGAACAGAAAAAAAAAAAUUUUUUUUUUUUUAAAACAAAGCCAGGCUUGUUGAAGAGCUGGAGUACUGCACUGAUACUGGCGCGAGGAGGAGGGAAUAUUGUGUGGCUUCAAGGAGUGUAAUGUGAAGGUGAUCGUAUGUGAAUGACUUAUGCUUUCUCAAAUCCAUCACAACCUUAGGUACAUUGAAUGCAGUCUGACAUUGGCUUGGUGUUAUCAGGAUAUGGAUAGGCACUUUCUACUUAAACACUCAAGAAAAAAAAA